AACCCAAAUAAGAGCACUUCCCCCGAAAACAGAGUACCCUGCAUUGGUUUAUUAAGUCAGAAUUCGAUUAUUUUUUAUGACGUGGAGGCUCAAGUCGUGUGGAGCGUUGGUUAACAUGAAGAAGCUGCUAAGGAGGAUGCCGCGGCGGCGUCGGGCGUCGAGGUUCCGGCGGGUGAGGGGGGCCGCCGUGCCGGAGGACGUGAAGAAGGGGCAUUUCGCGGUGGAGGUGAAGAAUGACGGCGGCGGUGAUGAGCAAGUGACGAAGGCGACGAGGAGAGUUGUGGUUCCGCUGCGGUGUUUGAAGGAUCCCCAGUUCGUGAAGCUGUUGGAGCAGGCGGCGGAUGAGUAUGGGUUCCGGUGUCAAGGUACCGUCGCCGUCUGCUGCCGGCCGGCGGACUUAGAGAGGGUUCUGGCUUGCUGCUUCCGUUGAUCCGAUCGCGGUGUGUGUUGUUUCAAUUUUUUUAUUUUAUUUUAGUUGUCUUGUCUGCCAUUAGGAACGGAAUUCGUUUUGGAUGGAUUAAUAAUUUGGUCGAGCCAUUGAUUAUGGUCUGACCCAACGGAAUCAUGAAUGUUUAACUGUAGAAAUUGAGGAUUGAGUAAACGUUUCAAUUGUAAUUGAUUGAUCUAAUCAUCCAAAGAAUAAGAGGGUAAAUACAUCAUGGUAUAUGCAUAACUCGAAUACAUUCUAUACUUAUUGGUUUGUUAUUUUUCCUCGUUAAUGGACGGACAAAAGUUUGCCAAAAAAGUGGAGACAUUUGACAAUCAAAGUUGGUUGGGGCAAGUUUGCAUUGAAUGCCUUUGGUGAUUGGGAGUGUGGGGACUAGCUAGGGAGUGAAGUGGGCAACAACGAUAUGACGAGAAUCAUUUUUUCCGAUCAUGAGAUGGGCGGCCGCCGGCCAUUCCCCGGCGAUCUUUUCUCGUCUAUCAGUGCCCGUGUGUACGUAUUAUUCAUGAAUCGGGACGACGGCAUGGGAACCCCGAUAUAGAUAUAGAUGUGACUUCCAGCCGGCAGAACGUAAUCUGUUCUUUCACGAAUAUUCCCCUCCAUGAUUCAUCUGGGCUUUCAUGGUAAACUUGAAAGGCGCGCGCGGUAUGAUCGAUACACUCAAACUAGAAUUUCUGAGAAUUCUGAUCGCAUGACCUCACCACGUAGUUAGCUACAAAAAGUGAUCGAUGGUUAAUUAUCGAUAGAACUGUUCUACGCUUUGAAAUACAAUACAUAUAUAAUACACUAAUUAGGGUUGAAACUUUCAACCAUUGUAAACAAAUUUCAAUCCAUAUCGUCCAUCACCAACAUUCUAACUAAUUUUUUCCAAACAAUAUCGCAUAUCAUACAAAAAGUUCAUUCUCGCAAAACUGACAAGGAGGUUGGAAAACGAGGAAGAGAAAGCAUAAAUAAAAUCAGUAAUUCGGGUAAUUAGAUGGUCUUAGUUCACGUUAUAGUAUACAUUUUUUUUUUACAAACUUUUUUUUAUGAUUAAAACAGUGAAGAAACAAUGGACCAGUCAAGUCGGGUUAUGAAGUUAUUCAUAUGGUUACAUAUCCAACCUUUAAAAAAAAUCAUUCGGUCCAUCACUUACCGCGUACAUCCAAAUAAACGAACUGAAUCGCUACAGUAACCGAUUUCACCGCGGAUCCGAUCCGGUUCUUUUGACACCGUACUCUCUAGGCAGGCACCAUGUUAUCCAGGCAAGAUUGUUCUUCCAGGGGUACACACGGAACAGCCAAUAAUGCUCUUCAUCAUUAAUGUACAUACGUUUCGUUAUAUAGUUGGCCUGGCCUGGCCUGUGAUUGAUAAGUAACGCUGGCCGGUCUUCUGUUAGCUGAGAUGAGAGCUAAUAUAGCUAGAAAUCGAAUACAUACGCAAGUUGGGGAAACAAAAUAUCUGAUGCAAAACCCACCACAGGGAAAGAAAUCCAAGCUGAAUCGUCGAAUCCUUAUCCCCAAUUCAUCCCCACUAAUGCACUUUUUGAUGCACUUUUUGGUGAGAGGGAUAUUAUCUAUCAUAUCAUAUCUUCUGGGUCAAGGUGGGAUCAUCGACCUAGCUAGACCAGAACCACUUGAUGAUCACCUGAAUUCUCACUUCUGCGGCCGGAGCUAAUUAUGUCAAGAACCAGUUGGUCCCAAUAACUCGAGUUAUUGGAACCAACUGGUUUAUGACAUGGUAUCAGAGUUUGGUUUGUCCUUGAGGUCACGUGUUAUGUCCUCACGACUCCCAAUAUUAACUGUUGUCUUUCAAGCACAUGGUAUGGCGGUCCUGUGCAAAUUUCAAGUCCAUGAGUCGGCUUUCGUUUGAGUGGGCAUGUAAGGAAGUGGUUAAGUAUCAUACAUGAACCUACCUUCUCCCAACAACUCGAGUUAUUGGGACAACUGGUUCAUGACAAAUUAUAAUGGCCAGCCUGCUAGCUGUGGCAUAUAUGCAAUGUCAAACCAGAAAGUAGUAGUCGUAAACGUCUUUCUUGUCUUUUGAUUAAAGACACACGACAUAUAGAAGAUGGCCUACGCCGGCUGCUUUUGUAGACCUCUUUUUUUCCUGACUCGUGGUUUUCCAGGAGCUACCACUUUUUUUUUUUCUUCCAAUUAUUGACGAUGACCUAAAUGCUUUGUGUAUAUGAUAUGUACGGCAAUCGCGAUGAGUUCAAAUUACUCUACAAGACUGGGGAAGUUCUUAAAAUGAUCAGGGUUUUUUCUUCUUCUUCUUUUAUUGCAAUAAAAGAGUUGACUCAAAUUUGAAUAAUGCAGUUUAAGGUUUAAUAUGCAACAGUUAGAUACUAGCCAACUGAAUGAUUAGUAAAACGGUUGGAAAUGAAAAUAUCUUAUCUGGGUAAUAUACCUGCUGAGUCCUGACCGACGUGUUGGAAAUGAAAAUAUCUUAGGGGAACAGAUCGAGUGAUGUGAUGCCUCGGUGAUUAGUCCCAUUCAUUUGGUUUUUUCGUUAGUUAUGUGGCGCAUACGUAUGUUAUGUUAUGUAUUAAUAAUCUGGUAAACACAACGAUUAGUCAACGUACCAGUCUAAGUACGUAGGUCCAUUGAAUUGCUUUUCUGCAAAAUGUAAUCAUCAUCAAUGUCGUCUAGGCUCUAGCUACGUGGAGUUAAGUCAACUAGAGACGUUCCCAUGCAUGAAUUAGAUCGAUGAAGAGCUGCAAAUAUCUUUGUCUCUCUUUAGUUAGCUAGCUUAAAUAUCUCCAAGUAUAACUUGACCAUAAUAAGGUCGUAUGACUAAUAUCUCUGAAAUAUAAAUUGUCCUUCUAUUAAUAGAAUUUUUAUGAUGAAGAUAUCAACGACCUAGUAUUACAUAUGUGGUAUUUGAAUCUCUACAGAUUUCAAAUCUAUAUAAAUUGAUUUUUACUUGAAGAAUUUAUAUUUAGGUCAAGUCCAAUGGGGUCUCCAUUUUUGAGGUGAUCGCCAAAAGUGGCGAAUGGCUGGCUCCAAUGCAGGGGAAAAAAUGGCGAGCAUCCCUAUAAUUGGAGGAAAUCGGUAUUUGCAUCGGCAUAUUUGGGGGAGAGAAUGGCGAGCGGCGCCAUUUUUGGAGAGUGGGAGCGCUGCGCGUGUGGCGCACCGCCACGCAGCAUCUGUAUUUUUUUAUUGAUAAUUAAUAAGGGUAAUUAAUUAAGGGGAAAUAAGGGGAAAGUGUUAUGAUUAAUUAAGGGUUCUUUAAUUUGUUUUUAAUGUGUGUUUAAUAUAUUUUUUAAUUUCUUUUAGACUUCUUUAAUUUGAGUUAAAUAUUUUGUUUAAUUUCUUUUAGGCCAAUCAUUUUUUGCUAAAAAAAUUCAGCAUUGGAAUUUGAAAAAAAUGUAUCGGAAAAUUUAUAUUUAAAAAUGAUGACGAACAUUACAAAAAUUAACAUGAAAAAAUUAUAUUAAGAUGAUAAUAAAUACAUUUUUAAGUA